CUCACCGCGUCCUUUGUCUCCUGAUUCUUGGCAUCAUCUCCGGUUGCUGCGGGCAGUAGUCGCAGAGCGUUGAACAUGCUCAGCGCCAUCUUGUCCACGCUCUCCUGCAGCAGCGACACCUUGUCAAGUGUGAUGACACCCGCAUCCGUGGCAUCCGUGUCUGCCAUGUUCACGUCGCCGCUUUCGCCCAGCUGCAUCGCCGCCAGCUCGUCCUUCACACCGUCGGCCUCCAUGGUGACAGCUUGGCUCUUAGGGUAAUUAUCGCACUUAAGUGUAAAUGCUCUUAAAUUCGAAAAUGGUUACAAAAAGUAUUGUACAAGCUCAAUGAAUCAUGUUAGCUGUUGAUUCCAAGCUUUUAACCACUGUUGAUGCAAGUUAAGAAACAACGUUCACAUGGACAGCACUCUCGCUUUUGCUUGCUUUCGACAAGACUCCAGUCAUGAUGAACGCCUCUGCGACCCUCUCGAUCUGUAUCCUUGGAUUCCUCGCCAACUUGGCGUCGGCUUGGUACGGCACUGUGACCUUCUACUCAGACGUGUACUUCAAAGGCUCGACUUACCCGUGGGGCAUUUCUAAGACUCAGCGAUGCUACAAUCUCGCUUGCUGGGACAACCGAGCGUCCUCGGUCAAGUGGGAGGGACUACCUACGAAAGGAAGCUUCAACGGCGAGUCACGCAUCGCCUUCUUUACUGGUAAGGACUGCACGGGUGACAGUCGAGACUGGCCAACGGAUGGAUACAUCAACGACAUUGAGGGAAAUUAUCCCCAGGACUUUACGCUGGACAAGAUCAACGACGCAGUUUCGUCGUUUAUCAUUUGGGAGUCGAGCAAGAAGAUCACGAACGGCAAGGACACACCUUGUCCGUGGGGAACAAGCUGAUUGUAUCUGGUCUAUACAGUACUGACCAUCUUGGAACGAACGUUGCGUUUGUUGGUAUAACAUCAAAAAUACAAUGGCAUUACAUUCAGAUUUCCAUCAAUG